AUUUAUAAGCCUUAGGCCUGAAUAUUUCCUUAAUUCUAUUAGUCGUCCAAUACCAGUACUAGAAUUUUUAGUUGAAAGGAAAUAGGAUUAUUUAGCCACGUACGUGGUAGAAAAUGUACGUCUCCUAUUUCCCUGUGAAUUUUUGGAAAGGAACCAUUUUUUAAGAACGUAAGAGAAGUAAGGAUGAAAACUUUACACCUCUUGGUUCUGGUUUUCCCAAUAGUGAUAGCAUUGGAAGAUGGGCCUAAUGUCUGUACAAAAGAAGAAUCGGUUACCACUACAGUAAGAGUAUCAUACACGAAACCUUAUCAAAUUCGUACAUUUGUAUGGUGUCUCGCGUUCCCUCCACGCUGUUCGAGAUACAGGGUUGGCUACACCAAAGGCUAUAAAUUAGAUACAAAGGUGACGAAAAAAACAGUGAAUGUUUGCUGCAAAGGAUACAUUCUUAGUGGUGAUGAGGAUAAAUGUCUUCCAUACUGUCACAAUUCUUGCAUCCAUGGGGUCUGUGUUGCCCCCGAGAAAUGUGAAUGUCAGCCAGGGUGGGAUGGUGACACAUGCAAUGUUUUAUGGAAUGCUUGUCCUGAAGGAAACUGGGGUGCUCUGUGCGAACAAAGCUGUGAAUGUGAAAAUGGAGGAAGGUGUGACCCUAUGACUGGGGCAUGUACAUGUAGACCAGGAUGGCAGGGUCCAAACUGCAAUUAUCCUUGUUCUGAAGGUUUCUACGGCUAUGAAUGUAGCCAGGUUUGUAAAUGUGAGAACGGAGGUUCCUGUAACCAUGUAUCAGGGGCAUGUUCUUGUCCUCCUGGAUAUAAGGAUGCACUGUGUUCUCAAGCUUGCUCUGAAGGUACCCAUGGGAAUGAGUGUAACAACAAAUGUUCCUGUCAGAAUGGAGGAAUGUGCGAUCAUGUGACUGGUUUUUGUACCUGUCCCUCUGGAUGGAUGGGAGAUGUUUGUGCCAAUCAUUGCCUUGCUGGUUUCUAUGGCAACAACUGCACAGAGCAGUGUACUUGCUACAAUGGGGCAUCUUGUCAUCAUGUAACGGGGGAGUGUUUAUGUGCUCCAGGGUACAGAGGGAAACACUGCCAAGAUGAGUGUCCUCUAGGAACAUUUGGAGUCAAUUGCUCAAAGGUUUGCGACUGUGAAAAUGGUGCCUUUUGUAAUGCAUCCACAGGUGAUUGUGUUUGUCCUCCAGGCUUUACUGGUUCUCGAUGUGGUGAAAGAGCUUGUGAAGAUGACAAUUAUGGGAAUAAUUGUGAAGAAAUAUGUCAGUGUCGAAAAGAAACAACACUUGCUUGUCACCCAUGGACUGGAAAGUGUGAUUGUAAACCUGGCUGGGAUGGGGACACCUGCUCACGGCCAUGUAUGCCACUGAUGUAUGGGAAAAGGUGUUUGAAACGCUGUGACUGUGAGAAUAAUGCCUUGUGUGAUCCUAUAACUGGUGCGUGUAUAUGUGAACCGGGUUAUAGAGGAGCCAGAUGUGAAAUUCAGUGUCUUGGAAACAAGUUUGGAUUAGGAUGUACUCAAAACUGUGCAUGCAGUAAUAAAGGAAAUUGCUCACAUAUUACUGGGCAGUGUUCAUGUCCUCCAGGCUUUCAUGGAUUCUAUUGUAACAUGCUCUGUCCUCAAGGAAGAUUUGGCAAUCAGUGUAGUCAACACUGUCAGUGUAUGAAUGAUGCAGGUUGUGACCCUGUGACUGGAGCUUGCAGCUGUACGCCUGGAUACUUGGGCUUAUUGUGUGACGAGACUUGCAAGAAAAGACAUUUUGGUCUGAACUGCAGCCGUGAAUGUGACUGUGAAGAGAACCAUUCCUCUGACUGUGACCAUGAAAUUGGACGGUGCAGAUGCAUGGAAGGUUGGAAAGGUGGUUUACAUUGUGAUAAUCACUGCGAAAGUGGUCGUUGGGGUCCAGAGUGUGAUAAAUUUUGUGACUGUAAAAAUAACUCCACCUGCCAUCCUGCUACAGGAAAGUGCGUAUGUGAGAUUGGCUGGACUGGCAGUGAUUGCAGUAGUAAAUGUCCCCCUGGUUUCUUUGGUUACAUGUGUUCAGAAAAGUGUCCGCUUUGCGUACAUGCCUGGAAAGGCUGUGACCACAUCACUGGACGUUGUCUCUGUCUUCCUGGAUAUGCAGGGUCAACAUGCUCUCAAGCUUGUCCUUCUGGCUUUUGGGGAGUAGACUGUCUACAAAUAUGUAACUGUAAGAACAGCGGAGAAUGUGACCCUAUUACAGGAAAGUGUUUCUGUUUACCGGGAUGGACAGGAAAUGAUUGUUCUAUUCCUUGUCCCGAUGGGAUGUUUGGUGUCGGCUGCAGCCAGAAGUGUAAUUGUCUCAAUGAAGGGCUCUGUCGCAGUAAUGAUGGAGUUUGUCGAUGUGCUCCUGGCUGGAUGGGCAUUCGAUGUUCAGAAAUGUGUCAGGAGGGGUUCUACGGAGAUCACUGUCUGAAAAGAUGCAACUGCUCCGGAAAGAACUUUGUCUGUAGCCCAACCAAUGGCUGUGUUUGCAAGUAUGGAUAUGAAGGAAAGAAUUGUGAACGCCGCUACACGGGAAGGGUAGUCAGAACCUACGAGGAAGAAGAAGGAGCUCAGACUAGCAGCUUGGGGUUGGUUAUAGGUGUGACUUUGGUAGUUGUGUUAAUCGUUAUUGUUCUUCUGCUUUUUGUGUACUACCGUCAUAAAGUGAAGCGACUGAAGUCAGAACUAGCAUACGUUACGUAUACAGCUAAUCCAGGGCCUAUGAUUGACCAGCAUCAUUUCGACAAUCCAGUGUAUGCUUGCAACAGUGCUGGAGGAACAAAGAACAAUCAGCUUGUUAAACACAUUAGAAAUGAUUUGACUACAAAAAGUAACAUCGAGAAAGCCAAACUUGGAGAUGAAGAUGAUUCAAACAUGUCCGAGAAAGGAGCAUGUGGUCUGUCCGUUCACGAUGAACCUGGCAAGGCAAAACUAAAAGACUUGGAUUAUAACCCUAACAUCUACCACAGUAUUGAUGAUUUAAAACCUGAAACACUUAAGAAUUCUCCUUUCUAUGAAGAACUAAAAAAAGCAACUUUACCAGAUAGUGAUUCUGAAUAUGACCAUCUUCAGUAUGAUCGCCCAAUAUCUAGACAAAAAUCUCAUUAUCACUCGAUUAAUGGUACAACAUCUAAAUCAUCAAACAUCUGAAGUGUAAAUAUACUUUGAAAUGUUUCUGUUAUACAUGUCAUUUUAUUAAUUAAUAUUUAGUUAUUAAUCUACGAACAUGGAGAUGUUUUUUUCUUAGUGAGAGUAUUUAUAAAUUAAAUUGUAAUAAGAAAUAAUUAGCAUCCAAAAAUGUUUCACCGGCUACAGUGAAUACAUUUGUGUAAAAUAUGUUGUGGUGUUAUUGUUAGCUUCUAAAGUGGCUUGCAAGUCAUUUAAAUUGUGAUCCAGUGAUAAUUGUGUUUCACACAAAUUCCAAAAUAAUUGAGUUUUAUUAUAAUGAAAUCAAUUUCUACUUUAUUUUGGAUUAAGAAUUUUAUUUUCUCAGUGUUGUAAUAAGUGAAGGUUGAUGUAAAAAGUACAGUUUUAUAUAUUGUACAUAGGACUUUUGUACUAACUGUCUCAUCGAACGAGCACUUUGUUACAGUUACUUUGAUAUUGACAGCUACACUGUUAUAUUUUCAGUGUGUGUGAAUGAUUGUAGCCAGCAGUCCAGGGAAGAAAGUACUGUACCAGUAAAAUCUAUGUAAUGCAUUAAAUACAGUCAACAAUUUUAUUGACGUAGCUAAUGGUUUCAUAAAUGUAAUAUGCUACAUCUUUAUGGAAUUUUGUAUAUUACAAUCACUGAUUGACAGCUAUUGGUGUCACAUUUGCAUUCUAACAAAAGCAUUUAUAGAUUUUUUUUUUCUAGAUUUUUUGUGUAAAUUGAGUAUAAUAAUAGCUCUCUCUUUAGGUAGACUUGUUUUUUAUAUAGAAGAAAACACAGUUUUCUGUAGUUUUUUUUUCUUAUAAAGUCCUGUAAUUUGGGGAAGAAUAAUGUUAACUAAAGGCAUCAUGAACUGAACUAAUUAUUGUGUAAAAUUAUGGUACCUUCUGGUAAGGGAGCAUUUAGAUCAAAAUGAUGGUACCUUCUGGUAAAGGAGCAUUUAGAUCAAAAUGAUG